CUUCUCCGCUCCCGGCCUGAGAUGGCGGCGUGGGUGAGCCUGGAGCCCGCGGGCCGCUGCGCCUGGGACGAGCCGGUGCGCAUGGCCGUGCGCGGCCUGGCUCCGGGGCAGCUGGUCACGUUGCGCGCGUCCCUGCGCGACGAGAAGGGCGUGCUCUUCCGGGCUCACGCGCGCUACCGCGCGGACGUCAACGGCGAGCUGGACCUGGCGCGCGCGCCCGCGCUGGGGGGCAGCUUCGUGGGGCUCGAGCCCAUGGGACUGCUCUGGGCGCUCGAGCCAGAGAAGCCUUUUUGGCGUUUCCUAAAGCGGGACGUGCGCACGCCGUUCGUGGUGGAGCUGGAGGUGCUGGACGGCCACGACCCCGAGGCCGGGCGGCUGCUGUGCCGGGCGGAGCACGAACGCCACUUCCUGCGACCCGGGGUGCGGCGGCUGCUGCUGGGGGUCACAGAAGCUGACCUAUGUCCAGGCCUGAAGAUCUCUACAGGCACCUGCCUGCUGGUUGUAAGCAGAAUAGUGACAGUCAAGGCUAUUGCCAUGCUGCCCUUCUCCACUGUUCUGGGCACAGUGGACCCCUUCACUGCAUAUGUGGGACCUGGACCCUUCCCAGGGAUCAUUGACAUCUUUGGUGUUGGAGGAGGCCUGUUGGAAUACCGAGCUGGUCUCUUGGCUGGCCAUGGCUUUGCAGCAUUGGCUCUGGCUUAUUAUGACUUUGAAGAUCUCCCAAAAGAAAUGGAUGACUUACAUCUGGACUACUUUGAAGAAGCUCUGUGCUACAUGCUUCAGCACCCCCAGAUAAAGGGCCCAGGCAUUGGGCUUCUGGGCAUUUCUCUAGGGGCUGAUAUUUGUCUCUUGAUGGCUUCAUUCUUGAAGAAUGUCUCAGCUACAGUUUCUAUCAAUGGAUCUGUGUUCAGUGGAAGCAGAGCCAUACACUACAAGGAGACUAGCAUCCCACCAUUGGGCCAUGACCUGAGGAGAAUCAAGGUAGCUUUCUCAGGUCUGCUGGACAUUGUAGACAUACGGAAUGACAUCAUAGGAGGGUGUGAGCACCCCAGCAUGAUUCCGAUAGAGAAGGCCCAGGGGCCCAUCCUCUUCAUUGUUGGUCAGGAAGACCAUAACUGGAGAAGUGAGGUGUAUGCUCAAACAGCAUCUGAGCGGUUACAGGCCCAUGGAAAGGGAAAGCCCCAGAUCAUCGCUUACCCUGGGACUGGGCAUUACAUUGAGCCGCCUUACUUCCCCAUGUGCCCUGCUUCCCUUCACAAAUUACUAAACAAACCUGUGAUGUGGGGUGGGGAGCCCAGGGCUCAUGCUAAGGCCCAGAUAGAUGCCUGGAAUCAAAUACUAUCCUUCUUCCGCAAACACUUGGGAGGUACCGAGAAGAAAACUUCCCCCAAAUUGUAAUGUUUUUGUCUGUUGUUGGCUUGAGAUGGUCACAGGCAGAUUCUAGUUCCAAUGACUUUAUGUGAAUCACUUGUCCCCUGGAUAAUAUUAAAGUUAUGUAUUUGGCAUUAAUGGUGUAUUUUAGGUAA